GAUUUAGGUCCGUCUCCCACUCCGCCUGCCCACCCGUCCCCGAGAGACCAUGCGGGCUAGGAAGCCUCAGUACAUCUGCGCCGUCUUCCUGCUGAGCGGCCUCCCGGCGCUGCUGCUCCUGCUGCCCGGCCAGCCGUCCCCUGCCUCAAAAGACCGGCCGCCACAGCCCCGGGAGAGCGAUUUCCUCCGCCAUGGUUGCGAUGCUCUGGCCCAGGGGAAGAGAGCCUUCGUGUGGGGAAACCGUCUCCGGAUGUCCUUCGGCAGAGCCGCCUCCUGCCAGGAUUACGUGACGGACAGCCACUACCUGACAAGAGCCAUCUCGGCCGAAGAGACGACCUUUCCCUUGGCCUAUGUCCUCACCCUCCACAAAGACCUGGGAACCUUCGAGCGGGUCUUCAGGGCUAUUUACUCCCCCCACAAUAUUUACUGCAUCCACGUGGAUGAGAAGGUGCCCUCCAAGUACAAGCAAGAUGUGGAAAAACUGCUGGAGUGCUUCCCUAAUGCUUUCCUGGUCUCCAAAGCGGAACCUGUCAUUUAUGCAGGCAUCUCCAGACUUCAGGCUGAUUUGAACUGCAUGAAGGACCUGCUGCGAUUCACCCCAAUCCAGUGGAAGUAUGUCCUCAACAUGUGCGGGCAAGACUUCCCGCUGAAAACGAACAAGGAAAUUGUCCAGCACCUGAAAAGGUUUAAGGGGAAGAACAUUACCCCUGGCAUCCUCCCCCCACCUCCAAUGACUGUAAGGACCAAAUUUGUUUACAAGGAACACAUAGGCAAGGAAGUUUCCUACAUGAAAAAGACUAAGACCCUAAAAUCGCCGCCUCCCCACAAUCUCACUAUCUACUUUGGGUCUGCCUAUAUUGCUCUCACUAGGCCGUUUGUGGAGUUCCUUUUUAAGGACCCAAGGGCCAUUGAUUUGCUGCAGUGGUCCAAAGACACUUACAGCCCCGAUGAACACUUUUGGGUGACACUCAAUCGGAUACCAGGUAUCCCUGGUGCCAUGCCAAAUGCGACAUGGGAAGGUGACUUGAGAGCUGUUAAGUGGAAGGAGGCAGAAAAGUCUCAUGAAGGAUGCCAUGGUCACUAUGUCAGAAGCAUAUGUAUCUAUGGAACUGGUGACUUGCCAUGGCUGCUGAAGUCCAAAAGCCUAUUUGCCAACAAAUUUGAACUCAAAACAUAUCCACCUACCGUGGAAUGCCUGGAGUUGAAACUUCGGGAAAGAGCACUGAAUCAGAGCGAGAUACCAGUGGAACCAAGUUGGUACUUUUAAUUAAAAA